CUUUUCAGUUUUUUCAUGUUUUGUCUCCUAACAAACUACAGCGCGUAGGUCGUGUAACAGCAGCUAUAAUGACUGCCCUACCUCCUCCUGACCCUGCCUUCAUACUUCGUGGCACCAGCAGCCAAGUCACAGCUGUCUGCGCUUAUGAUCCCUUCAUCAUCACUGGGACGCAAGGCGGGAAAGUGCAGAUUUGGGACUUGAAAUCAAGGCGAAUAAUCCAUCAAACUUUUGACGGUGGUGAGGGACAGAGUAUUCUUUCCAUUAGAACCAUAAGAGAUCAGAUAAUCACUCACUGCCGAGAUGGAGCGCUCAAAAUGUGGACAUUUGAGGACAAGAAACUGGUUUCAAAAGGUACGAUCCACUGCCACUCGGGAACCUUCUUACCAAUGGAAAUAGGCAUUUACAAUGAGGAAUCAGUCAUGAUGAUUCCUGGGCCAGAAACUUCCGAGGUCGAUAUAAUUUACCUGAACAAAAAGGAAAUUGCUUCAAGACUAUUGGUAAAAAAUUCAGGAGAGAAAGGAUAUGGAUUAUGUAUGUGUGGAAAAUUCGUAUAUCAGAAUUCAGUCAUUGUGAUUGGAUACGAAAAUGGUUGCAUUGCAUUGUGGGACAUUUCAAAGCCGUCGGCAAGAGAGCUUGACAAACUUUCCUGCCAUUCAGAAACUGUGACAGCGCUUGAUUAUUCUGAAAAAGUCAACCGAGGCAUCUCGGGUUCUGCUGAUGAUAAAAUAGCGAUUUGGAAUUUAACCAAGGAUAAUAAAUUGACCGCAUUUAGGACGUUGUCUAUCACCAAUCCCGGAGUUAAUGCAAUCAAAAUAAGACAAGAUUCCAAAAUAUUUGCUACAGGUGGUUGGGAUCACAAUAUCCGGAUAUUUGGGAUGAAAAAAUUACAACAAUUGGCUGUUCUCAGUUUUCAUCGUGAAAGUAUUUCUAAAUUGGACUUUGGUAAUGAUUUUCUCCUAUUUGCUUCAUCUCUUGACCAAACUGUCAGUGCCUGGAGUAUUUAUAGAUAAUUUGUGAGAGUGACAAAAGACAAUCAUUAAAUUUCUGACCGACCAAAAUUUAUGCGUUGACCAUAAGCACAACCAUUUUGGCUAGAGCGCAAGUGGAACUCCUUCAAAACGAAGUGAGUGCCAGUUUCAAGUGUGGAAGUCUGUUGUUUGUUUUCCAGAAAACAGUCUCCCAGGUUUUAAAUGGGCUUUCACUUCAUUUUGGAGAAGUUCGGAUUGCUUUUGUAUUUCAAGUUCUAGCAAAAUGUCAGCACAUAUGGCCAACUCUUAACACCGUAUGAUUGGUACUUUUCAUGUUAUGUCUCACAGUGCGUUUUUUGCCAAUAAAGUAUUUCUA